AUGUCCGAUUUACUAGAAGAAAAACCAGUAAUGCCGCCACAGAUUUCCCCUAAAGACCUCCCUAGAGACGGAGAACAUUCUGAUUCGGAAGAAGAUGAUCCUGUACCGCCAGUAAUCCUGGAAAAUUCAUCAAGCAGUGACGAAGAAGCUGACAACAUGGACGACGAGGAAGACGGCUUGACCCAAGGAUAUGUUCAACUGCCGGCUCAGGAGGAAAGCGAAAGCCAACAAACUGCAGAUCAUUGGUUAUCGCAAGUAUGUGAUUAUUUAUACCUCAUUUAAGAAUAGAAGUUUAUCUUAGAGGAAACUUCUGUGGCACCAGUCGGACUCGUGCACAGUAUCACAUAUUAGAGCUUUUAUUUAAAAAACUAUGUAAAUUGCAUGCGAUCCUUAAAAUCGCUUAAAGAUGCAGUUUUUCUUAAAUGUAAAGGCAGAGAGUUCCAUGAUUUUGCUACUCUAUAGAAAUAGGAAAAUUUUAUAGCAUUUAUUCUUGCAUAUCUAAUUUAUUAAGCUAAUUUAUUAAUUAAUAUUAAUGCAUAAAGCAUAUCUAAUUCAUUAAGCUAAAAACAAUUAACCUUACAAAUUGUAGGUUAAGCUUCACUGUAAUUUACUGCUCAUCAGUAUUCUGAGAUUGCUCUGCUUAUUAGUAGUGAUUGCAUUUGGGUUUCUUAUGAAAUGAAAAAUCAUAAACAUCGGUGACAAAGGAUAACACCCUCUGUGAUCUGCAUAAUUCUUCAUAUGAGUCAAAGAUGAAUCCAAAAUUCAAUCAAAAUAUUUCCAGCUUGAAAACAUGCUUACCUUGAUCUUUGUAAAAGUCCGUGUUUUCAUAACAUUUGCUUGUAUCUCUGCAGUUUCUGGGUCUAAAGGGAAAUUGGUCGUUUUGAUUCAAAGUUGUUUCAGGAAUGGUGGUUAUUAUAAAAAGGCUAAAUUGGAUCCUAGAAAAUAAGACUAGGCAUAUUUACUCAGAGUACACACAUUGGCAGGCUUUUAGGCCAGGUGAAGCAAGAAGCAAAACCUUAAUUUCUCAACAAGUGAUGGAACUUUGUUGACAUUGUCUCAUUGUUGUUUUACCAUAGUCACUAAUUAUUUUUCCAGUAAAGAAAAUCCUGAGCCUACAGCUGUCAUUUUUGUGCCAGGAGUAGUCAUUGCAGUCAAAAAGGGAUAAUAUUUAUCAUUCAUUCAUUCAAAAUAUUUCCCCAUUUCUGAUUGGCUAAAAGCACACACACAAUUCACCAUAACCAGCUACUGAUGACCAAAUUUGGAAGAAUUUUGCAUUUAAUGAACUGAUGACAUCAAAAGUGCAGCCUUCUUGCAGGUUAAUGCACUGUUAACCAAGAAGACCUGGGGAUGAGGUUGAGUUGUUUUGGUUGUGAAAACAAAAAUGGCGGACAUUUCACUAAUUUCAAGAGUAAGCACUAGGUGAAAUAAUAGCUAAAAAAAUGACAAGAACAGCAACAAGACAACUCGAAGGGCGACAUCUGCUAUUUGGAGAAUGUUUGCGGAGCUGAACAACCCUAAACGUACACUAUCAAAGAGGAAUUUAAAAUCAAUGGAGGUAAGCAUAUUUUAGCUAUGUUUUUAAACUAGGAACUAUUUUGAAUGAAUAAUAAAACAAUUAUUGAAUUCGGCUUUCUAAUUCUUCAUAAGAUACUCAGCCUCAUUCAUUAAUUGUUGAAUGUGUUUGAAUCCUCUGACUUAAAGAACCACACUGUAAUGUCAGCAUUUCCGAUUAUGUCAGAGGAGAACAUUUCAGCACCAGGCUUCACUUGCGAACUAAAUUUGUGUUCUUUGUGUUUGGUUAUUCUAUUCAAAUUGUAUUGCUUUGGAAAUUUAUAUGCAGUAGACCCCCGAUAACUUGAACUCGGAUAACUCAAAUUCCCAGCCAACUCAAACUAAAAUUCCUUUCCCUUGAUCAAAAACUCACUGAAAAUUACCCCCAAUAACUCAUAUUCUGGUCCUUGUAACUCUACUUGGAUGCCAUCACAUUAGCUCCUCUUGUUGUAUAAAUCCAGCAAAAACACUACAUGUAAAACCAACACUGGUUAACACUACAGCCAUUUGAUAUUAAUUGGUGCAACUAACAGUUUACAUAUUUCUAUCAUAAAAAACUGCCCAAUCAUUUUACCAUGUUUCACGAAAUAAGUUAAUCUUAAACUGCAGUAGCACUACAUGUAUACACUGAAGUGCUGACAAAUCGUUAACUAUCAUUUUUUAACCUGGGGUGACUCAAACCCUUGCUAACCCAACGGUUUUCCUUUCCCUUCAGAGUUUGAGUUACCAGGGUUCUACUCUAUUUCUAACUUGCUAAUUUAUGAUUAUUUCAAAAAUGAGGCUUGGCGGUGAGAUUUGCUCAAGUGACACAUUUAACAUGCAUAUAUGGGUUAUUACAUUUUCAGACCAUUAUUAUUAAAAUAAUAUUUAUUAUUAUUAAAUAUUAUUAUUAUAGAGGUCAUUUACCUAUUUAUUUCAUGUUUCAAUGCUGUUAUUAUUUUAUAUAUGAAAGGAAGAGGAAGAAAUAACAGAAACAGAAAACACACCAGUUUGUGACAUUAAUGCUACAGGCAACACUUCAUCACCAACAUGUCCCGAGAGAACUGAAGAUUCAGAAAUGAAACAAGGUAAUAAUUAUAAAGCAGUAAAAUAUAAGAUUUAGGGAGGUUAACUUUGUUAUGUACAUCUAGUAACUUCAGUGAUCCAGCAAAAGCCCAAAAUAAUGUUAUACUGUUUAGUGGGAAAAAUAUACAGCUAUUUCGAGAAAGGUUGUCAGGAAAAGUGCACGUGACAAUCCUGAAAGGCAUUGUGGGUGGUUUUGAGUUCUCUUCUUUUCAAAGAAAUUUGAAAGAAUUGGCACGAAAGGCCAUGGAAAUGUGUUUGCGAGUUCUAAAGGAAAGCAACAAAAGUAGGUUCGACAGCUACAGUUGUCAGGAACAGUGUAUUGAUCAUAUCCCAUAUUACCUUUUGGGAUUGUCGCGUGCACAUUUUUUCCGACAACCUUUCUCGGAUCUAUAGCUGUAUGUAUUGCAAGAUAUUGUACCUGCAUGAAAAUAAACACAAAUUUUUAUGUCAAUUUUCACUGGGAGUCACAAAUUUCCUGGAUCAUUAUACGUUUCUGGGAGACUGCCCCCCCCCUCCCUCCCCUAAGACAACAUUUUGCUCUGAGUGAGAAGAAAGAGUUAAUGUUGGCUUAGGGGAGGGGUAUACUGUAGGUGGAUAGUUUCCUAGAAAUGUAUAAUGAUCCAAUUUCCUUGCUUGAGUGGUUUGUGGCUUGAGUGGUUUGUGGGAGCAGGGAAUUUAAUUCAGGCAAAAUCUCUGUGAUCAGGACCCUAUUACUGCUAAUUGAGUCUCUUGUAAGGAACCUCUAGGAUGGUAGUUAGGGAUCCUGAGUUAGGAUCUUAUUAGUUUGGAUCCUCGUCCCAGGGUAGCAUGUGUACAGACCCCCCCCCCCCCUCCCCCCCCCCCUUCCCCUGUUUUUUCCUAAGGGGGGGGGGGUCUGUACACGGGCUAGUCCCAGGGUUACAUGUAAAAACUAAGUCAUCCUUAGUUAUUGUAAGAUGUAGUGGAAUUAUUUUGGUACUACAAAAGGCUUUUUGUUAAAAAUCAAUACUUGCAUGGUAGUCAACUAAGGAAACCUUUCCAUUUAAACUGCCUGUGCAGAAUUUCAAUUAUUUAUAUGGGUUAUUACAGACAGAUUGGGAGUCAGAAAGUCUUGUCUCCAUAAAAUAAGAGAUCUUUGUUUUUGUUUCUAUUCAGAGCAAGUGGAUCUUAUCAGACAAGUGAUGUCAGGUAUAACUCUCCCCACCUCAGCCAUUCCUGAUUGGGCUAAAGUGAUACCAGAAGAAAAGUGGAAAGCUUCUCUAGUAUCAAGCAUAACAAAUAGAACUACAUCACUGCCAAGCAGUUCAAAAAAAGAGUAA